AAGCCUGGAUUCGAACCCAUGACCUCUGACUCCAAAGCCCGUGCGCUUUCCACUGAGCCAUGCUGCUUCUCUGACUACCCUGAUCCCAGAAAAACUCUACCCCUCUUGCGUGUGGCCAUGGGGCCUGAGGAACCGGGUGCCGGAAGUCUGGGGGCUGAGCCGUCCAGGGCUGAUGGGUCUCCCCCUGCCUGGCAAACUCCCCGACUCCAGUGGAGCUCCAGUCUCAGCCUCCCCCACUCCUUACUGACCACGUUGUCUGAAGGAAAUGCGGGCCCAACCCAGGAAAGAGGUUGGAUUUUGACUUGAUUCUGGCUCGGUCCAGCUCCCACCUUCCCAGAGUCCUGGGGUUAGACUCCACCUCCAGCCUUGCCUCCUUGCUCCCGGGGACGGCCAGAGCAAAAGUGGGGGAUCACAGAGAGGGCCGGGCUCCCUCUGCCUCCUUCCCACACAUGGCUGUCUGAACCCGGGAUCCUUUCCAAUCCUCUGGGCCCUGAACCUACGGCACGUCCUAAGACAGCCCCCGCUGAUCCAGACCAGGAGCCCCCAAACCGUUCUGACACCACCUCGUCCUCCUAGGCAUCUUCUUCUCCCAAGGGAUGGGAGCCCUCAGAAGAAGAAGAAGUCAUCGUUCUGUGCCAGGAUCCUCUCAUAGGAUCUCAGGAAUCUCUGGACUUUGGUUGAGGGGUUCGAAUUUCUGAAACGGGGGUGGUAAAGAGCACAUGAGAUUUGGGGCAGCCCUGCUUUAACAGCAGCCCCCCACCCAACACAGAAACACUUUGAUCACACCCCGGAGAUCGGAGAGAAGUCCUCCACUCCCCACCCAACUUCUGCUCUCCUCGUUCUGUCUUUCUACCACCACCCAGCCAGGACUGUUGAGCAGGUAAGGGCCCCUGAGAAAAAGCCUGAAAGACGAGGCAGAGGAAGAGGAAGGAAGAGAAAUCAACCCGUCAGCUGAUGGUAUUUACCGAGCGCUUACCAUGUGCAGAGCACUUCUUUUAGCGCUUGGGAGAAUACAGUCCAAUAGAAUGAGCAGAGACUUCGCCCUGGCCAUUAUGAGCUGACAUUCUAGGGGGAAAUAUCUGCUAGAGGCCCAGAGGGCAAGCAUUCAGAAAGGCGAGUGAGAGGGAAAAGCAACACAGAGGAGGAAGCAAGGAGCAUGGCCUGAGAUAGCAGAGAGAAAGGGAGAGAGGGAGAGAGAGAGAGAGGGAGAGAGAGAGCGAGAGACUGUGGGUUUGGGUUUGGUUUCCAGAGUGGUUUGGGAAUCACUCUGGAAAAGGAUUUCCUAGUCUUCGCCCGAAAGCAGCGGGCUUUCGAUAAUGAUGGUGAUGGUUUAUACUGAGGGGAAUGGAAACGAGCCAUUAUUUUCUCGUUUGUUCGUCCACCCACUUCCCGGAAGGACAGUGGCGCAGUUUCCAUGUCCAACCCCCGGAGGCAGGGAGGAGGAGCCAAGAGCGGCCUCCUCUGGGAUCCGGCCAAGAAAAGGGGUCGGGCUAGAUGGUGGGGCUUUUUUUGUUUUUUGUUUGUUUUCUUUCCCCAGCGCCCUCCACUACCCUCUCACCGAGGAAGACAACGGACGCGAAUUUCACAUCUUGCUGGGGACAGUUGGUAUAUGCCAGAACUUGAGACAAGAAAAUGGGAGGGCUGUCCUUAGAGCUCUCCAUCUGGGGAAGAAGAGAAGGAGAGUGAGAGAUCCCAACCUAUCCCCAACCUCCUUGUGGAUGCCGCGCCCCCGCCCCAACUCCCCAAAACCUAGUUCCACCCCAGGGCACUGGGAUCUCAACCUCCUCCUGGUUCCUUUCCCAAAUGAACCCAUCUGGCCUGUAAGGUCAUUGCUGGCUGGGAACUUGCUACUAACUGUUCACCUGAACUCUCAACUAAGAUAUCCCACCACUGUGAUUCCCAGGAGGGGGAUCCGCCCCCACAAUUCCCUCCCUAGACUCAAGAACGCCCCUCCCACCCCCGACCCGUCCCAGACGUACUCACCAAGGCCUGCCAGAUGGUACCAUAGGCCGUGCUCUUCCUCUCUUCCCCGCUCAGCGUCCAUCCUACUACUUGUGUGUACCUCCAGCCGAUGUUCUGGGCCAGCCAGAAGAAUGUACAUCUGGCUUUCUGGAUACGGAGAAGCCGAGGGAAGGGUGUCAGAGAGUCAAGAGGCCAGGACCAGGGACCCAGAGAGGACGGGGACUGUGGAAGCCUUCUCUAUUCCUGAUUUUCCACUGCUGCUCCCGGAAGAUCCCCCUGAAUGCGCUCAGCCUAGAGGAACAUUGGAGCUGACCGGUUGGGAUGCCCGUGGCCACAGGGUGAAGUGCGAGACCGGCCCCAGCUUCGUUCAGAGUCGCCCGACCAGAGCGAGCCAAACUGAUUCCAUUUUGGAAAGACCCGUCCUCUCCUUUGUUAUUCGGGAAUUGUUAACAUGCUCUGAGUUGUUUAUGUUUGGGUAACAAAGACUUGUAGUUAGAGGCCAUACCUUGCAGAUAUGGCUCAAGAUUACACUUAAGAGGGACUAAACAUCUCGCCCAAAUUCCCCAAUACUUUCUCAGCCUGCCAUGUCCACAAAAACAUGUUUCUAUGUAGAGUAGGGUCCAUGCGGAAGAAGCUCGAUGUUACGCGUUACAGGUAGAUAAUCUUUUCCAAAACAUGGCAGUGUUAUUGGCUUGCUCGUCUAGUGGGUCAGGGGAAUACGUACGCCCAGUUGCCACCCCACCCCUAUCAAAGCCAUGUAUACCUGGCUAACUCCUGCUCCUAGCAACCUGAAGGGGAGGCUAGGACAGCACAGAGUGUUUUUGGCUUACCCUGGGCCUCCCAGCCCAAGGCUCCGAAAGGCCCCGUCGAGUUCCAGAGAGGAAAAGGCGUUCACGGUCCUGUCCAUCUGAGAUUGAGGUUGGGGUAUGCGCUCAAACCACCCCGUGGUGGGGUGAGACAUUGUUCUGUCGAGGUUUGGGCAUAUUUUGUGCAAUGGAUGCAUGGCUUUUAUACGGUUAUGCAGUAAAGUCAUAGAUUUUCCAUAGACGCAUGCAUUAAAACCUUAGCUUUUUCAUAGGUUCACGUGUUAAAGAUAUAGUUUUUGUAACCAAA